AGUCAACUAUUUAGACACAAUGUAUAUUGCGAAUAAAGCUAGUAGCUAGUAAGCUAUUGAAAUAGUUAGUUAGAGAAAAACUAAUUGAACUUCAUUAAUGUGUUAUUUGGAUAAAUACUUGAAACACAUGAGUUAGCAGCUGAAAUCUGAUAUCUGAAGGCUGAGCUGUUGGGUAGCUUAUAGCUAGUUUAAGGUUACCCUGGAUCCUAUUUUAAUGAGUUAGUAACCUGUUAAAACUGCCUAGUCUUUUACAGCAAUCCUGCAUUUAAUUCUGCCUUAAUGAAAUUCAUGUUAAAUGUUAAGACAUUUAAGCUGCUUUGUAAAUAAGUGGUUCAAUGGUAAUUUUGGAGGCUGUAGUUUGUGUUGCUGUUGAGCUGUAUUACAUCUAACAGAGAGGAGUUUUUUUUUUGUCCAUCAGGGUAAAUGGGGUCAAGAUAAUAAAUAAAUGCUUAUCAGUAGGGUGUAAUAUAUGGUUCAGGAGUAGUACAAAUCUUGUCCUCUAAUUUGACUAGAGUUUAAAUUAUGCUCUGCUUUAUAGCUGAGGAAAACUAAACACCACACCUUUUGUGUUUUAUAGCAAUACUGUUGUGUUAUGCAGCACUGACAAUUAAAAUAGAUGAAUAACUUAGGGUCAUUAAAUUAAAAUGUGUACACAAUAUCCAGUUGUAUGUAACUCUCUGAAAUGUAAUAUAGUGGAAUAUCUGUUAAAAUGAGUAUGUGGUGCCGAUGAAGACAGGGGUAUUUGAGUGCAUACAACUGGACUGUAGGGUUACAUCUGGCAAACUAAAAGGGAACCACUGCCCUCCAUACAGUGGAGGGUUAUAGUAUAAUGCAGCACCAGAUUAAGCCCCUGAUUGAGGCUGUAGUACAGCCACAGUUUGACUGCAGGCAGCUGCUCUCACACUCACAAAGGUCGUUAAGCAGAGAGCAGCUAAUGGAUCCGUCUGUGCAUGCCCUGGUCACCUUCAAGGCUGAAGAGGUCAACAGGCCGUGAUCUACGACAUCAACACCCACCAGGCAACGCGUCUGGGACAGGAGGGAGUCCGCUGGACGGUCAUAAGACAAAUGUGUCCUGCUUCUCUAAUUAGAUUUCUCAUGGGUUGCAAGAUGAGCUAUAAUCAGCUGUGGCACUCAGCCCAAGUCUGCUCAGACGUGAUGUUUCUUUGGAGAUAAGACAGAAAGGACGACAACACUGUCCCUUCACUGUACAGUAGUGAUUUUUUUUAUAUGUAGUCAUAAAGCAAAAUCAUUUUAAGAGGUCUGUAUAUUCCAGUUUUGGUGGGAAGCAGACUGAAUGAGCAAACUACUGGUCUUUCUUUCUUUCCGCUGCUGUGUAUUUUGGAUUGCAGUCAUGUGAGUGGUUGGUGCUCAGGGACCACUCAUGAGAGAGACGGGUGUACAUCUUUGUGGGUUGAAUGGGAGGCGAGAGCCAACUUUCUUUGGGUUGUUUUAAGAUCUUUUGGGAGAGGAGAAAUGUGUUGUUUCCAGACAGUCAGAGGGAAAGUGAUGAUGCAGCAUGGAUGAGAGAGGGAGAUGAAUGGGAUUUGUUACAUAACCAGACCAGUUUUCCAAGACCUCAGAUUGAGUUUUAACAGAGAGCUUCCUAUACCUUAAACUGCAUGAUCCGUUUUUACUUUGAGGAUGGAAUUUCUAUAUGCAGUGAUUUGUUAAACUAAGUGUUAAUUCUAUAAUGUGAUUAAACAUGAAGCAUGCACUUAAUGUAUGCAAAGCAGCAUCAAAUAAAAUGCCUUUCCUUUAAUAAUCCAGCAAUCAGUGCUGCAAAGUCUGAAACUAAAACAUCUGGCUUCCUAAUUUCCAUGAUAUUGUAGUAGCCUGUCAAUUCAAAUCUAAAUUACUAGGCUAACUAUUCACGCAGCUGCAUUCAUGAUGAUUCCAAUAGUCCUGUUCAAAGGAAUCAGAGAAAAAGAAGCGCAGUAACAUGAUGUAACUUGGCAGAGAAAGUGCGUGUGGGCACAUGGACCGAGCGGUGCGGCGAGUGAAGCAACAACACAGCCGACGAGGGGGAGUUUCUUCUUGCAGAGCGCAUGCAAUCCCUACAAAAAUUCCCGGUGACUUCAGAUCCAAGGAGGUGGUGAUAUUCAUGGGAGCACGAUUCAAACUCUCUCACUUUGGAGUAGGAGCACAGCUUCAGCAGCCCUGCAGCCAACACGCUGCUCUCCUUGCUCCUCUUUGCUUGACAUAAACUAAAACAGAUGGAUUAAUGUUUGCUUGAAAUAAGUUUUUUUCAGCGCUGGAAGGAGAAAAGUUUAGAGUUUCUUAGUUUUUGGACUGCAGAAAGGUGCUGAUUUGACAACCUGAAGACAGUCUGCGUAAAGUCUUACCUGGGCAUUAUGAAGAGGUAUCCAGGCUUUUUUCACUCAUGGGAGAGGAUGCCUUCUUGUUGAACUCUUGCAUGCUGAUCGCGGAUAUUUUUAAUUUGCUCUUUUUUUAGUGACUCUCAUUUAUCUGCAACGCACUCUGCAUUUUUACGCGGUACAUUCAAAACUUUGUAUGCUCAAGAUGGCCCGUGCAGGAUUUGCUGUUUUAAUAGUUUUGACUGCUGCGCUGCUGCAGAUCGGUGACAGUGAAAGGGACACAACAGGUGGGAGGAAAGGGGGUGCAGGGGCUGACCGGGCGGUCUGGGACCAGCAGCAGUCCCGGGAGACGAGUCAGGGUCACUCGCCAAGAGGGCCAAAGGACAGCGCAUCCCCCGAACCAUCCGAUGACACUUCUCGCCCCUCCAGAACCCUGGUCCGUGUACCCAGAGGAGCAUCUUCUCAUGGGGAUGGCAGGCACAUAUCCGCAGCAGGACCGCUUCAUGUUGCAGGCUCCUCCCGGGAAGAGCUCGUCUCUGCGCCGCGGGAUGGUGCGCUGCGCACCGCGAGGCACCCAGCCAACCAACAGCACAGAACCAAAGUGAACCGCAGGCAAAGCAGCAAGCCUGGAUCCACCAGCGCAAGGAGACUUGUAGGGCCUAAUGUGUGUGGAGGUCAGCAGUGCUGCUCAGGCUGGGCUUUUGCUCCUGGAACCAACCGCUGCAUAAAACCUGACUGCCAGCCCCCCUGCCAGAACCGGGGCUCCUGCAGCCGCCCACAUACCUGCGUGUGUCGCUCGGGCUUCCAGGGGGCCCGCUGUGAGGAGGUGGCUCCAGAGCAGGUGUACAUCCGUGACGGAGGCAGCCUGAGGCGCAUUCAACCCGGGACCAACCCUUUCCAGAAAGACCAACCACGGAGAAGGCCCACAGAGAGGCAGGCCAUCGAUACCACCAAGGUCCAGACCCCACGACCUGCGACCACCAGACAGCCCGCACACACUGUGACCCAAGUGAGACGGGGACCCCCUGACUCCUCCCCUCAGCAGACCGGGACCUCCCGCACUGUGAAACGUUAUCCGUCAUCCUCUGGGCCCAUCACCUCAAACGCUCUACCCAACAGCAACGGUCACAACAGUGAGAACAGGAACUGGCAUGGACACAGGAACGGGCACAGCAACGUGCACAGGCCCACCAACGACAGACAUGGACAGUUCAACAAUGCAGUGUUACCUGCAGGGGCCAACCUUACCUCCAACCUGGACCGCAUCAAGAUCGUCUUCACUCCCAUGCUGUGCCGCAGGGUGUGCAGCGGCGGGCGUUGCUACAACAGCUGUGAGAAGGGAGACAUCACCACAGUCUACAGUGACAACACGCAGCAGCAGCAACAACAGCAACAGCAGCAGCAGCAGCCAAACAACCAGGGCUUCAGACUCUUCUUCUGUCAGAUACCCUGCCUUAAUGGAGGACGAUGCAUCGGCAGAGACCAGUGCUGGUGUCCGUCGAACUCCACGGGGAAGUUCUGCCACCUGCCAGCCCCGCCCCCUGCCAGACCCAACCCUCACAACAAUGGCAACCACCAGGGUCCAAAACCUCCCUCUCAAUCUAUGUACACUCUACCGCUGUCCAAUCAGCAAGUGUCCCUCCACCCAUCCUUGGUAAACGUCCACAUCCAGCACCCUCCAGAGGCCGAAGUCCACAUCCACCAAGUAGCUCGGGUCCAGCCUGGGCAGAGACCGGCCACUCCAGAGGGGGCUCACUCUGUUCAGCAGCGCUCCCAGCCUGGGAAUGGGCAUGAGACGCACUCACAUGGAAAUGGAAAUGGGAACGGACAUUAUGGCCACGCCAGACCGCACAACCAUCAGAACGGACAUGUGGGAAGAUGCUUUCAGGAAACAGUGGACGGGCAGUGUGGCAAGCCUCUGCCAGGACUUACCAAACAGGAUGAUUGCUGUGGAAGUGUGGGCGCCUCCUGGGGUCUAAACAAGUGCCAAAAGUGUCCAACCAAACCAGCUUAUGCAGUGAUUGCAAACGGACAAGUGGAAUGUCCAACAGGUUUCAAAAGGAUGAAUCUCACACACUGUCAAGACAUCAACGAGUGCCUGCUGCCUGGUCUCUGUAAGAACGCUGAAUGCCUCAACACCAAAGGAAGCUACAGGUGCACGUGUAAACCAGGCUUCAUGCUAGAUGCUGCUAGGAGCCACUGUGUCUCGGAUAAGGCUGUAUCCAACCUGAAGGCAUUCUGCUACAGAUCCCUGUCAACAGGCACAUGCUCUCUGCCACUCGCUCAACAUAUCACCAAGCAGAUCUGCUGCUGCAGUCGAGUGGGUAAAGCCUGGGGCGAUGGCUGUGAUCGCUGUCCUCUGCCGGGAUCAGAUCAUUUCAAGGAGAUCUGCCCAGCCGGUCAUGGAUACACCUACUCACGCUCUGAUGUGCAGCUUUCUCUCAGACAGCUUGAGGAAGAAGAUCUGCAGAGCACAGGAUUAUCGUUGGAGGAGCAGAGUCCUGCUUACCCUCAGCCACCAUCCUCAGAGCCCUCACUGUAUCCAAACAGGUUCCAACGGCCCAGCUACCCACAGACGCCACAAGUGCCUCAAUACCCUCAAUACCCUCAGUACCCUGAGACACCACAAGCACCCAACUACCCUCUGACUCCCUCUCACCCAGCCAGAGAGACACCCAAACAGCCAGAAGAUGUGGAAAUUCUGAGCCCGCCAGCUGUUGUGACUGACUCACCGCUGAAACAUCCAGAGACUCCAGACUCCUCCAUCAUAGACAUGUGGACAGAUUCAGAGGACACCACAGACUUAUCCAAAGGAAUCAACAAGUGCGCCACCACCCCCAACAUAUGUGGUCAUGGGAAAUGUGUUCCUGUGCAGACUGGUUACACCUGCAGCUGUGAGCCAGGAUACAAGCUCAGCGCACUGCAGACCAACUGUAUUGACGUGAACGAGUGUGAUGAGGACCCAUGCGAAGGGAAGGGCCGCUGUAUAAACAGCUAUGGUUCCUACACCUGUCAGUGCCACAGUGGAUACAGCCAGGUGAUCACCCAGAACAGGAAGUUCUGUCAAGACAUUAACGAGUGCAGCAUGCCCAACAAGUGCCAGAACGGCAAAUGCGUCAACACAGAGGGAUCUUACACCUGUGAAUGCGCCAGCGGCUAUGCCAAGUCCUGGAGAGGCCUAUGUGAAGAUGUAGAUGAGUGCAGAGAUCCCGGCUCCUGUCCCAAUGGUGUCUGCGUCAACACCCCUGGCUCCUUCCAGUGCCAGGCAUGUGGCCCUGGUUUCAGGCCCAUUGACGAGAGAUGCUUGGAUGUAAACGAGUGUCUGAACCAGACGGUGUGUGGUCGUGGAAGGUGUGUCAACACAGAGGGCUCCUACAGGUGCAACUGUUUCCAGGGAUACAAACUCUCCCUGGAUAACUUCUGCCACGAUGUGGAUGAGUGUGCGCUUCCCGGAGUCUGCCUCAAAGGCCACUGCGUCAAUCUGGACGGCACCCACAAAUGCACCUGCAGCCAUGGUUACCGAGCCACCUUGGACGGCAAAGCCUGUGAAGACGUCAACGAGUGUGCAACUUCAGAUGUGUGCCCCGCGGGAAUGUGCAUCAACUCUGUAGGGUCCUACACAUGCCAGAACUGCAGGCCGGGCUUUAGGCCGUCUGCUGAUGGACUGAGUUGUGAAGAUGUGAAUGAGUGUGCCCAGGGUGACAUGUGCCUUGGAGGUGUGUGUGCCAACACAGAGGGGUCCUACACAUGCACCAGAUGUAAGGCUGGCUACAGAGUGUCUCAAGACCGGAAUAGGUGUGAAGAUAUUGACGAGUGCCAGUCCCUCACUACAUGUGCCAACGGGAUCUGUCUCAACUCAGAGGGAUCUUACACCUGUGAGAACUGCCCCACAGGGUACACAGUCUCAUUUGAUGGAGAGCUCUGUGAAGAUAUCGAUGAGUGUGCUCUGCCCACAACAUGCCCCCAGGGAACAUGCACAAACACAGAAGGAUCCUUCACAUGUAUCGUCUGUCAGCCUGGUUUCAGAGUCUCUCAGGACGGACAGCAGUGUGAAGAUGUGGAUGAGUGCCUGGUGGCUAACGUGUGCCCGGGCCAGCUGUGCUUGAACACACAAGGAUCUUACACCUGCAGGAGUUGCCGACCCGGCAUGCAAGUUUCUGAAGAUGGUUACGGCUGUGAAGACAUUGACGAGUGCCAGUCCCCAGAUGUGUGUCCUACCGGUGUGUGCGUCAACACAGCAGGCUCCUUCUCCUGCAUGGCCUGUGACCCAGGCUUCAAGGUGGCCCCCAAUGGGUUCUCAUGUGAAGAUGUGAAUGAAUGUGAGGACAGCAGCUUGUGUCUUGGAGGCCAGUGCACCAACAACAUUGGCUCUUACAGCUGCUCAUGCCCCUCUGGUAUGGAGCUGGUGGAUGGGCGGUCCUGCAGAGAUAUCAAUGAGUGUUCAACCAUCCCUGAUGUCUGUGAAGAGGGAGACUGCUUGAACACAGAGGGCUCCUACACUUGCACCUGUCAUGCCGGAUACACCACCACAGAUGGGAGGACAGCCUGCCAAGAUGUGAACGAAUGCAGCAAUGACAGCGUUUGCAUCCGGGGUCAGUGUCUCAACACGGAUGGAUCCUUCUUGUGUUUGUGUGAAGCUGGCUUCAAGUUCAACACUGACACAGCCGACUGUGAAGACCAGAAUGAGUGUAAGGACUUUGGCAGCUCAGUGUGUGGUACCUGGCGCUGCGAGAACACCAUCGGCUCGUAUCGGUGUUUCAUGGGCUGCCAGCCUGGACUCGAGGGGGGAGACAACACAGACUGCGAUAUUGACGAGUGUGUUAAUGAAACCAUCUGUGGGAACCACGGAUUCUGCGAGAACACAGACGGGUCCUUCCGGUGCCACUGUGAUCAAGGCUAUACCAACCCUCCAGGAGACAAAAGCCAAUGUGUCGACGUGAACGAGUGUGAGAUGAGCCUGGCGCUGUGCGGGGAGGCCCUGUGUGAGAACUUCGAUGGCAGCUUCCUGUGCAUCUGCCCCAACGAAAAUGAGGAAUUUGAUCCCAUCACCAGCCAGUGCCGCUCCCUGGAUACCGACUCCGGUCAGGCUGUUCGGGUCCCUCUGUCCAGUCCCUCAUCUGAUGAGAGGAAAGAGUGUUACUACAACUUGAAUGACGCAAACUUCUGCGACAACGUCCUGUCACGUAACACCACCAAGCAGGAAUGUUGCUGCACGGUGGGAGCCGGCUGGGGGGACAACUGUGAGAUUCAUGCCUGUCCUGUCCCAGGAAGAGAUGAUUAUAACCAGUUGUGCCCUCACGGCAGUGGAUUAUUACCCGUACCUGUUUCCUCUGCACUGAGUCUGGGAGAACAGUGGCCUUACAUAGAUGCAAACGAGUGUGACAUGUUUGGAGCAGACAUUUGUAAGAAUGGACAGUGUUCCAAUCUCUUAUCGACGUACACCUGCUACUGUCGCUCUGGCUUUUACUAUGACAACAUCCGACUGGAGUGUGUGGACUAUGAUGAGUGUGAAUAUGGAACUGCCUGUGAGAACGGAGAGUGUGUGAACACAGCCGGUUCCUUCAACUGUUUCUGCAGUCCCCCGUUAGUCCUGGACAGCACACGACGACGCUGCAUCAGCCUCAACACCACAGAAGAAACUUUAGAGCCUGAUAACGACGUGCACAUGGAUAUUUGCUGGCAGCGUCUGGUUGGAGACACCAUGUGUGCAGAGCCCCUCACGGGACGCAGAACCACGUACACCGAGUGCUGCUGUCUGUACGGCAUCGCUUGGAGUGGACAGUGUGCCUUCUGUCCCAGGAGAGACACUGAGGACUACGCAAUAAUGUGCAACCUUCCUCGGAGAGGAGGCACAGAUAGUUUGCGAGAGCGGCCAGGAUACGAGUAUGGUGUAGAGGGUCCUGAGGAUCCUGCCGAGCCUUUUGCCCCACCAUACUUUGACAAUUACGGCAGCCCUGCAGGACCCUAUGAUAUCCCUGAGAGUGUUCCUCUGUUCAAUGACAAUGACUACAGUGUUCCGCAGCCACCUGCCCGUGUCCCUGUCCUCCGACCACGGGAGCACCGGCCACGACCAGUGGAUCCAUACUCUGAGCGCUAUGAGAGCUUCGAGGGUCUCCGAGCAGAAGAGUGUGGAAUCCUGAACGGAUGUGAAAACGGCCGCUGCGUUCGUGUACGUGAAGGUUACACCUGUGACUGCUUCGACGGCUAUGAAUUUGACUCAAAUAAGAUGGCCUGUACAGACAUAAACGAGUGUGAGGACAUCAGCGACAAGGUGCCCUUAUGUCAGAACGGGCAGUGCACCAACACAGAGGGAUCCUACAAGUGCACCUGUCUGCCAGGCUUUGUGGCCUCUGCCAAACCGCACAAAUGUAUCCCAGCGAUCCCGGAGUUGCAGCCCACGGAAACAGGAAACUGAGACAGAGACUGUGGAAGCGCUGGCUUCUCCUGCUCCCCUUAAAUGUCACCUUACACCUUUCUGCCCCUCUCCUAGGGGCCUGGCACUAAACCUCCAACAGUAACGCUGAGACGUCCAAACUUAUUCCCCCUACACAUGCACACACACAAACAAAAGCACACACACUUGCAUCAGAUCCCCUUAAACACACCAAGAGGACCAGGAAAUGUGCAGUGAAUGUAUUACAUUGGAUUCAAUACUCACCAGAUAUUCAUUUGCCUUAAAGGGAUUUUGUGGACUGAUCUUUUUUAUUCAGUAACCCCAGGCAAUUUGAUAUGCAGAUAUACUCUCCACCUUAUUUUCUCUGUCACUUGUUUGUGUUAUUUAUUUCAUUUACAUGACGGGCCUCUGCGAAAAGAGAAAGCAACCUAUUUCAGAGGGCUACUUAAUUUCCUCUUGUUUUAUGUGUCUCACAAAGAGAGAAUGUGGGGAGAUGAUGAACGAUUUUUUGUAAACGAAGGAAUGUCAUUCAAAAUCAGCCACCUAUAAACCAGCUUAUUCCGUACCUGUCAAACCUCGCACCAACAUCAUCUCACACAGUCAGUGAAAUUUGCAUCAGCUUGGAUGCUGGACCUGCCAACAAACCAAGAAAUUCAGAGACAGAGCUUUUCUUCUCUAUUCGUCAGGAUCAACUACGAGCUGAAGAAUCUCUGGACCAAGAACGUGGAACUCGACACGGCCAAACAUACACACCAGAAACAAUACGUGGACCUGGAACAGACUGUAGAUGUAUAUGAUGACUUAUGUAAUGUUUUAAAAAAGGUGCAAUAGGUGAAACCUGCCUUCCUCUUUUUGACAACACUUUUACUAUCUAAAUACCAGCAAUGAAGUGGGAAAACAUGGACUCAGCAGCUGAGCCCUGCGAUUUGUAUCUGUUUUUUUAACAGUAUUAACUUGUUUUCUACUUCUGUAAAAAAAAACAAAAGAAAGAAAAAGAAAAAAAGAAUGACUUAAGUUUGAUUGUAGGCUUUAUCCUAACCUCAUAAACUACAGUAAAGUUAGAUUAAGUAUCCACACAUAUCACAACUUAAAGUGACAUUUUAACACAAGCAAAAAUAAUUUUCAUUUUCAAUAACAAUGCAUGUCUCACAUUAGACCAUCCCCAUGUGUGUAUCUCCAGACGCACACAAACACAAAGGCUUUGAUGGAGAGGUUUGGUAUAUUUUGUACAGAACUAGUACUAUGUAUUAUUUUUGUUACAUAUUCUCUUAAUGCAUUAUAGCACAAACAAUAUUUUCUUUGACAUCAAGCAUAAAAUGUAAGAAAAAUCUGGCAUUAUAGCUUUGUAGAUUUAUACAUGUCUGUACAAAUGUUUUUUAAAGCAUAUCUUUUUAUGUAUGAGGAGAGUGGCUGACACUGUACCAGAGGAACUGUGUGUGUAUACCCUGCCCUGUGGAGCAGACAAUGAAAUAUAUUUUUUUGGAAGUGGCAGCACUGUUCUUAUCACAGAUAUUUUGUCUCUUCAAGUUCAUUACAAAGACAAUGCUUCUAAAAUGCAAGCGCCAAGUCUGUGCGUCACAAUUUUUAUGGAUAAAUAUGAGUUAUUUUGAACAUUACUUCUUUUAGUCGCUGUAGAAUUCAAUCUCAUGAAUGUAUCAGAAGUAUCAGCAUAAUCAUUUGGUUUCUAAACUCCAGCUCACACCUUUUGUCUUUUUUAUAUUCAGGUUUAAGAAAAUAAUGGCAGUGCAGACUGAUUGUCAUUUAAGAAAUGUUAGUGUUGCAGAAAAAUAAAAGUCUAAUUCUAACUUAAAUAUAGUGACAACGUAUGGCCUUAUGAAUUCAUGACCUAUACAUUUUGAGUUGUACAAAUAUUCCACUUAAUGCCCACUCUGUUUUACUGCUCGGUUAAACCACCACUGAAUCAGACCAGAAGUCUAACAUUUAGGUCAAAGUUGGAAUAUUUAAAGCCUUACAAAUCUGCAAACAACUUGAGAUAGAUGUCUUCUUGUAAAGCUGUGGUCAUUUUAAAUAUCAUGCUCAUUCAUUAUGUUUACCUCUUGACUGUAAUCACUAUCAGUCAUCAAAAUAAAAACAUAAAAAAUACAA